AUCUUGACUACGACCGUCCACCCCGGCACAGUAUGGAUCCAGUCACCCAGCAAUGGCCCAAUCGGCGACUUGAAAUCCUCAUACCAAUGUGGUCGAUGACAUUGAUCGCCACUGUGUUUCUCGUGUGGAGAGUUGUCUACGGCUUUUCUCAAUCUCGCAGAUUCAUGACUAGUGAUUAUCUGUUGAUCAUCGCAGGUGCUCUAAGCAUCACCGCAACAUCCCUUACCCAGGUUAUCACAGACAAUGGAUUGGGUCGCCAUGUUAUGGACCCCACAGUCUUGCCUAAUAUCUUGAAGUAUAGCUACUUUCUAUGGAUCACUCAGAUCGUCAAUAUCAUUGCCAUGGCUUUUUUGAAGUGGUCCAUUUGUGCAUGGCUGCUUGUCCUGAACUUUUCUAAGAUCUACCAAACCAUCAUCUGGCUGUCCAUCCUGAUGGUCACAGCCUUGAACUUCUUGGCCCCUGUCUUAACACUGUUUGGGUGCACGCCACUGGAGAAGAACUGGAACUUUGGAUUUAAAGGAGAGAGCCACUGCUGGGCUAAAGGCACCCUCCCACAGUCCUAUGCCCAGGGCAUCAGCAAUGUUGUCACUGAUGUUGUUUACAUGGCUGCACCCCUGAUCUAUCUAUCACGUGUGCAACUGAACCGACGAACUCAGUGGGGGAUUCGUAUAGUUUUUCUGCUCAGUAUCCCUGCCACAAUUUGCUCCAUCUUCAAGACUAUUGAGCUCAAAACCAUCGUCUCAACCAGAGACCCGACCUGGGACGGAGUACCGUUGACUGUCUGGUCCGGUGCUGAACUCUCCCUCGGCAUCAUAAUCGCAUCACUCCCACCCCUGCGCAAAGCCUUUGACCACUUCUUCUCCAAGAUCCUCCCAUCGACCCUGACCGGCUCAAGCAGAACCCCAGCUUACGGGUACGGCGGCAACUCUACAAUCGGAGGCGGCGCUGGAGGAAGCAAUGGCAUCCCCUUGAAGAACUUCCAGGGCAGCAAAGCCUACCACUCGCGUAUCCCCGGCGAAAGCGUCCUUGACGAUGACAGCGACCGCGCCAUUCUCACAGACGAAGAAGAACACAAGGGACCAGGCAUCAUGGAGAGCAUGAACGUCGAAGUGCGAGUCAGCGAGCAUGGUCCCCCCUCAGGACUGCACCCCGCUAGCGGAAGUAACAGAUCAAGCACCGGCGACGCAUCACCACCCAUUUCGAAAACUUUCGAGUCCCCGCAGAUCGACUGGUCGAGCCCGCACAUUGAGAGCGGAAACGGCGGUCCUGGUCCUCGCGUAUGAUGAACGAACCCUACCUACGUAAACCCCCCCAUUAUUUUGACUUCAAUCACGUUUAUAUACCACUUUAUUUUCUGUAAGAAACGACCUAGGAUGGGUGCUCUCCUAGUUAGGAAGGGGGAAAAAAAAAUAAACAGGGUAAUGGAUGGGGUGUACGUAAAAGGCAUCUAUACAGGGAUAUUUUCUUUUGUGCAUAGUUUUCCUAUCUUUUCUUGUUCUUGAAUAUCUAUCAGGAUACCAUCAUGAUUCUGGCCGAAAAAAAAACAGAGAUGAAAAAAGCAGGAAGCUGGUGUUUGCAGGAUUUCGAUACCCCCCCUUUUUUUUGUACUCUUCUUUUGUUUGGCAGGAUAGUACUAGUAGCGGAAUUGACAGACGU